UAGGUAUUAGGGAUCUUUGAAAAAAAUGUCAGAGCUGAGGCCUCAGUUUUUUCAUGUUCUCAUGUCAAAAUUCUUCUACUUAUGCUCUUUCAUUCUCUCUCACCCUCUCUACUUCUCCUACUUCAUUUUCUUCUCUCCUUACAUUAUUAAACUCCUUUCAUUCCUCUCUCCUCUCUUCAUUACAACUACCCUCUUGCUCCUUGCCCUUUUUACCAUCUCUCCAAGUCUCAUUCUCCACAACAACGCGAAAGGAUUAACGCGGAAGGAUGAUGAACUCGACGUGUCAGAGGAAUUUGAAGCCUACAAAAUCGUGUUUGGCGCGUCCAUAAUUGAUGAUCAAGAAAACUCUGUUGAGUUCUUGGACUGUGCAUCAGCUGAGGAAAGUGAAUCCCCAAUUCUUGAUCAUGAUAAAUAUCAGUCUGUAACUGAUAAAUUGGGAGAAAAUUCAGCUGAAGUGGAGUGUACUACUAAGCAUGUCAUAGAGGAGAAAACAUUGGAAAAUUUCUUCAAAGAAGUGGAUGGGUUUGACAAAACCAGUUGGAGUGAUAAUGUGGAAGUGAAGAAAGUUGAUAAAAUCAUUGAAAAACAAGAGGAGACACUUGUGAGAAAUGUCCAUACUCAAGGACUUGGUAAAAAUCUUGAAAAUGUGGGAAUUGGUUAUGGAUCAAUGAGGAAAGAAAAAGAGUGGACAAGGACAUUGGCAUGCAAACUUUUUGAGGAAAGGCACAAUACUAGUCAUAGCAACAGUGAAGGAAUGGACAUGUUGUGGGAAACAUAUGAAACGGAGACAAAAAAGAACAAGGCAAAAAGGGCUAACAAUGUAAAGAAGAAAAAUAAAGGAGAGUUGAAGCGCUAUGAAAAAGAAUAUGAUGAGGAUGAACAAGAGAUGGAUGAUCAGCAGCUAUGUUGUUUGCAGGCCUUAAAGUUCUCAGCUGGAAAGAUGAAUUUGGGCAUGGGAAGGCCUAAUCUUGUCAAGAUUUCAAAGGCAUUUAGAGGUUUUGGAUGGCUAGGCAAGAAUAACAAGAAGGUGCAUUGUGGUGAUGGCUUCUAGUGAAAUUAGCUUUCUAUGAAUUGAAUCAGCUACAAGAAGAACACUAGUUAUGUAUUUUGAGGAUCAUAGUAAAUUGGCUAGUUUUAUGUCAAUUAGGUCCUAGCAACCCUUCCCCCUCCCCAAACCAACAAUCUCCUAUGAAAAUGUUGCUUAUCAUGCAAAGAUUCAAGUAGUUUUUUUAUUGUACAUGUAAAAUGCGACGUUGCUCGAACUCUUUAAAAAAUGUCUAUGGAUACAUGUCGAAUCCUCCAAAAGUAGUGUU